AUGUUUGACGGCUCCCUCCUACCUCCUCUUUCAUUUCCUUUGCUGCUGCUGCUGCUGUUUGGGAGAUUGGACACAAGCGCAGCAGUUGGAAGCGUCACCGCUGCUGAGCUGGAAGUGGUGCUCCCUCGGCGGGUGCAUCCGGAGGACAUCCACCUGCUGCCACUGCCAACCGGGGAGGUGGGGGCCGGUAGCCAAGGCUUGCCGCGGCGGCGGCGGCAGCAGCCCUACUCAGGCGCCUCUGCAGAGAAGUCCUCCGGCUUGGGAAAGCGUGGCUUUCUCUUACACUUGCCGGGCCUUCGGCGGGACCUCUACUUGCAGCUGCGGCGGGACCUGCGCUUCCUCUCCCGGGGCUUCGUGGUCGAGGAGCACGGAGCAACGGGGAGUCGGAUCCCUGAGCCUGAGCUCUGCUUUUACACGGGUCACGUAUUGGGUUAUAACGACUUUGCUUCAGUCAGCACCUGCGGUGGAUUGAUUGGGUAUAUCCAGAUUGGAAGCGAACAGAUGCUAAUCCAACCAGUAAAUAAUUCCCAGGGCUCAUUCAGUGGAAGAGAACACUUGGUCAGGCGGAAAAGAUCCUCAGAUUCUGGUGAUCCUGCUAAAUCAUGGAUAACUGAGGAACUCUGCAAAGUUAUAACAGAAAAGAAGAAGACAAAGAAGAGCAAAACUACUAGUGAUUGGAGAGAGCGAAGGAAUGCCAUUAGACUCACCAAUGAAUAUACUGUGGAAACACUGGUUGUGGCUGAUGCUGAUAUGGUCCGAUAUCAUGGUGCUGAAGCUGCACAGAGAUUCAUCCUUACUGUGAUGAACAUGGUAUACAACAUGUUUCAACACCACAGCCUGGGAAUUAAAGUUAAUAUUCAAGUCACCAAGCUUGUACUUCUUCGAAACCGCACUGCUAAGUUGUCCAUUGGACACCAUGGAGAAAGAUCCUUGGAGAGUUUCUGUCACUGGCAAAAUGAGGAAUAUGGAGGAGCAAAGUAUCUUGGUAAUAACCAGGUUCCUGGUGGAAAGGAUGACACCCCUCCAGUGGAUGCUGCUGUUUUUGUUACUAGGACAGACUUCUGUGUACACAAAGAUGAACCAUGUGACACUGUAGGAAUUGCUUAUUUGGGAGGAGUAUGCAGUGCUAAGAGGAAAUGUGUGCUUGCAGAAGACAAUGGUCUCAAUCUGGCAUUUACAAUUGCUCACGAGCUGGGCCACAACAUGGGAAUGAGCCAUGAUGAUGACCAUUUGUCCUGUGCGGGGAGAUCCCAUAUAAUGUCUGGAGAAUGGGUCAAAGGCAGGAACCCCAGUGACCUCUCAUGGUCUUCCUGCAGUCGAGAUGACCUUGAAAACUUCCUCAAGUCAAAAGUCAGCAUGUGUUUGCUGGUAACAGAUCCCAGAAGUCAGUAUUCUGUACGACUUCCUCACAAACUCCCCGGCAUGCACUACAGUGCUGAGGAACAGUGCCAGAUACUCUUUGGAACCAAUGCAACUUUCUGUAAGAACAUGGAGCAUUUGAUGUGUGCAGGACUAUGGUGUCUUGUGGAAGGGGAUACAUCUUGCAAAACUAAGCUGGACCCUCCCCUGGAUGGCACUGAGUGUGGGGCAGAUAAGUGGUGCCGAGCUGGGGAGUGUGUCAGUAAAACUCCUAUCCCAGAGCAUGUGGAUGGGGAUUGGAGUACAUGGAGCCCUUGGAGCAUGUGCAGUAGGACAUGCGGGACUGGCGCCCGUUUCAGACAAAGGAAAUGCGACAAUCCCCCCCCUGGGCCAGGAGGCACAAAUUGCUGGGGAGCAAGUGUGGAGCACACUGUUUGUGAAAACUUACCCUGUCCCAAGGGAGUGCCUAGUUUCAGGGAUCAACAGUGUCAGUCCCAUGACCGAUACAACUACAAGAAGAAGGGCCCUCUGACAGCUGUCAUUAUUGAUGAUAAGCCUUGUGAGCUCUACUGCUCUCCUCUGGGAAAGGAGUCUCCUGUGCUGAUAGCAGACAGGGUCCUUGAUGGCACACCUUGUGGGCCCUACGAGAAUGACCUCUGCGUGCAUGGCAAAUGCCAGAAAAUUGGCUGUGAUGGAAUCAUUGGAUCAGCUGCCAAAGAAGAUCGCUGUGGAAUAUGUAAUGGAGAUGGAAAAACCUGCAAGGUUGUAAAGGGAGAUUUCAACCAUACCAAGGGAAUGGUCACCAAUAAUAUUUGUAAGAAGGUGUCCACGUGUGUGAUGACAAAGGCAAAGGCUGUUCCCAAGUGUUUUUCAUGCUAUAUUGAAGCAGCUGUAAUUCCCGCUGGAGCCCGUCGGAUAAGAGUGGUUGAAGACAAACCUGCCCACAGUUUUCUGGCUCUCAAAGACUCCAGUAAGAAAUCCAUAAACAGUGACUGGAAGAUUGAGCUUCCUGGUGAAUUUCAGAUUGCAGGCACCACUGUCCGCUAUGUCCGCAGGGGUCUGUGGGAGAAGAUAUCUGCCAAGGGACCAACUAAAAUACCACUGUACCUGAUGGUGUUGCUAUUUCAUGACCAAAAUUAUGGGAUUCAUUAUGAAUACACUGUUCCCGUAAACUAUACUGCAGAAAUUCAGAAUGAACCCGAAAAACUUCAAGAUUCUUUAUACAUCUGGACUCAUAGUGGUUGGGAAGGAUGCAGUGUACAGUGUGGUGGAGGGGAACGCAAAACCAUUGUGUCUUGCACUAAAAUUAUUAAUAAGACCAUGACUCUGGUGAAUGACAGUGACUGUCAGCAUGUGAGUCGCCCAGAACCCCAAGUCCGGAGAUGCAAUUUACAUCCAUGCCAGUCAAGGUGGAUGACAGGGCACUGGAGUCCCUGCUCAGCAACCUGUGAGAAGGGAAUUCAGCACCGGGAGGUGACUUGUGUUUAUCAACUGCAGAAUGGUACCUAUGUCAACACUCGCGAUCUCUACUGCCUCAGUCACAAACCAACAACAGUUCAAAGUUGUGAAGGCCGUGAUUGCCUUUCUAUCUGGGAGGCAUCUGAGUGGUCCAAGUGUUCUGCUGACUGUGGAAUAGGAACACAGAGGAGAACAGUGACCUGCACCAAUUCUCAAGGAAAAUGUGAUCGGACCACAAGGCCAAAAGCAGAGGAGGAGUGUGAAGACUACACAGGCUGCUAUGAGUGGAAAACAGGGGACUGGUCUAAGUGCUCCUCCACAUGCGGAAAAGGUCUACAGUCUCGAGUAGUGCAGUGCAUGCACAAAGUUACUGGGCGCCAUGGCAACGAAUGCCCUAUCCUCUCUAAGCCAGCAGCCUAUCGACAGUGCCACCAGGAGGUCUGCAAUGAGAAGAUCAAUGUCAACACCAUCACAUCCCCACGACUUGCGGCUCUGACAUACAAGUGCACAGGGGACCAAUGGACAGUGUACUGCAGGGUGAUCAGAGAGAAGAACCUAUGCCAGGACAUGAGAUGGUACCAGCGCUGCUGCCAGACAUGCAGAGACUUUUAUGCCAACAAGAUGCAGCAGAAGAGUUAA